UAGAGAAGAUUUGUACCCAGGCCAGACUGUCUAACCAACGACUUGUACCAUUUGUUGUUGUGCCCAUACUCAGAAUAAUCAUAAUUCAACCAUAACUUUAUCGUCCAUUCCCACCCAUUACCAGCAAAGACUUCAACAUUCAGCCAUCUAUAUAUCCACCCAAAACCAGCUCCACCUUUGGCAGCAUCAGCAGAACAAGACAUGGCUUCCAUCAAUCCACUUUCCUGUCCCAAACUCAACAACUCAUCAUCAUCUACAUUCACUCCAGCUUUCAAACCCCAAACGCAGCUUGGCCGGUUCACUUGCUCCCCUGCUAUCCCCACCCAUAACCUCAGCUUCACCAAACCCAGGAAGAACGUCACCACAGCUUUCUUCUUCAACUCCAAACCCAAGUCUCCAGCUCAAGCUCCUAGCUCAACAUCAGGAGCAGGGUCCAAAGUCCAAGAGCUGAACGUGUACGAGAUGAACGAGCGAGACAGGGGAAGCCCAGUGGUGCUGAAACUCAGUCAGAAACCUGGUCAACUCGCGCUCGGCGACCUGGUCCCUUUCUCCAACAAGUUAUACUCCGGGGACCUCAAGAAGCGGCUGGGGAUCACCGCCGGAAUUUGCGUGCCGAUCCAGCACGUCCCGGAGAAGAAAGGGGAUCGCUACGAGGCAAUCUACAGCUUCCAUUUUGGGGAUUACGGCCACAUCUCGGUUCAGGGGCCGUAUCUGACCUACGAGGACACUUCCCUGGCGGUGACCGGAGGAACUGGGAUUUUCCAAGGGGUUUCUGGGAAGGUCAAGCUUCACCAGAUUGUGUUUCCAUUCAAGCUUUUUUACACGUUUUACCUCAAAGGGAUCCCUGAUUUGCCCGGUGAGCUUCUCGGAAAGCCGGUUGCUCCUUCCCCUAAUGUAGAACCUUCGUCGGAGGCCAUGGCCACAUUGCCCGGUGCGGUCGUCUCUAACUACACCGACUGAGAUCGAUCCAGUAUGGCCGUUUCCCCAAUUUGUUUUAUUCACUUGAUGAUUUCUUUGUUAGUGAUUUUUUUAGCCAGGGGAAAUAAUACUUCAAUAGAUUAAUACUUGAAUUUAACGAUUUUGUGUUUAAUUAUAUCUUAUGAUAAAAUAAUUAAUAACAAGCGCCCGUGGCCUAAUGGAUUAAGGCAUCUGACUUCUAAUCAGGGGAUUGUGGGUUUGCAUCCCACUAGGCGUGAGUAUGUUUGUAUUUUUUUUUUCGUCCCCAGUCCCCAUAUUGCUUCUCUAUCAUUGCUUUUUUUUAAUAGAAACCUGCGAGAAAUUUUAUUAAUCAAGAAUUGUUCAUACAUCAUCCAGCAGUAGUUGAUCAAUCAAAAUUAAAGGUGGUCUAUCUAGCCAAACCACUGGCGUGUUCCAAUUCGUAUUACAUUUGGUCAUCAGAUGUGCCGCCUCAUUUCCUAUUCUUCGGACAAACUAGAUUCUCCCUUCAUACCGAGGCCCCAAAGCCCUCUUGAUAAUUGCAUACAGCAUUCCAAACUCAGUUAAAAUUAUGUCUGACCAGCAAAGCUUCUACACCAGGGAUAGACAGUCUGUCUCCAGGUGGUAAUUCAAAAUUUGAAGGUUGUCCGCUAGUUGGAUUGCAAACUCCAACGCCAUUGCCCUUGCUACCUCUGGAUCCCAAUUUCCUCGGACUUUCUUGGUUGCAUCACAAAUGAAACGUCCCAAUAUCAUCUCAUGCUACCAUACCAAGACAAAUGCAUCCUCCCAUCACCAUUCCUGCAUAUACGUUUAUCUUCGUCACUUGUGCAGGUGGACGAAUCCACGCCGUAGAAUGUAUAAUCGCCUCCAUGUUGUUCUCACUUUCCUGGUGUACCUGGUAGUCCUUGAAGGAUUCUGCUCUCUCCACAAUCUGGUCGUCCUCCAUCUUCUGUCCAUUGUGCAUUUCAUUCCUUCCAUAGGAACCACAUUAACACGGGCCAUUUUCCCAAAUCACUUGCUUCCCCCAAGCGCAAUAGCCUUUUCAAACUAGUCUACACAAUUCUCGUUGGUGCGACUGAAAGAAAGGUAAGACAAACUUGUUUGCAUCCAAAUUCUCGUCGUCCAUCCACAUUCCCCGAACAAGUGCACCUGUGUCUCAGGAAGAUUGCAGAAAGCACAUCGAUGGUUUCCUUUCUCGUCCCUUCUACAAUAGUUAGCUCCUAUGGGCAAUGCAUUGCAGAUGAAUCUCCAUGCAAAGUACUUCACUUUCGGCAGCAUAUUUAAACCCAUAAGCUUUUGCAACUCUAGGCAUCCCCAAUCGUGUUCGCUUGAGAGAGUAUCACCUUCAUGUGGGGCCACGUCUUAUAGCCUACCUUGAUUGUGUAUUGGCCGCUGUUUGAAUCCACCCACAUCAUUCUGUCUUGGUCAUGAGUACACCCGAAGAGGAAUAUGAACAAUUGCAGCAGCAACCUCCGGUGGGAAGCACCGCUCUAUGAGAUCAUCAUCCCAUGCUUCCUCCUCCACCCUAAUCAAGUACCGGAACCUCUGGCGUUCAUCGGCAGUACCUUGGGAGCUGACAGAACAAAAAAGCCUAGUACCGUUUGGAUCCAUCGAUUCCCCAAAAACUGAAUCGAUGCUCCAUUCUCGACAACCCAGCGAAGGCCUUGUUGAAGAAACUCAUGCGCACUCAUGAGGGAUCACCAUAUAUAACUCGGGUGAUACCCCACUUCAGCGUCGAGGAUCUCAUCAUUUGGAUGGUAUCUUACCCUCAACAUCUGUGCUAUUAAGGAGCUUGGACGUUGAUAGAUACUCCAAAGUUGCUUCGCUAACAUGGGAGUAUUAAACCCCCCUAGAUCGC